UUGGAGGUUUCGGAGAAGAUGGAAAGUUCAUUAAGCUAAACAUGUGCUCAUUCUACAGCAACAGUUAAGAGACACACAUGAAUCUUGGGAAGCUAGCGAAACCUUUGAUGGACGGAGAAGAAGAUGGUUUAUUUGCCUUGCAACUUGCUACAAUUUCAAUCGUUCCUAUGGUGCUGAGGACAGUUAUGGAGCUUGACUUGUUAGAGAUGAUGGCAGAAGAGGGUGAAGGGGCUCUGUUCUCCGCUUCAGAGCUGGCCUCUCGUCUUCCCACAAAGAACCCAGAUGCCCCAAUCAUCAUCGAUCGAAUGCUACGCCUUCUCGCUAGUUACUCGAUCCUCAAUUGUUCUACUGUGACUGAUAAGCGAGGACAUGCUCAGAAAUUAUAUGGUCUGGGUUCUGUUUGCAAGUACUUCACAAGGGACCAAGAUGGAGUUUCUUUUGCUCCUUUCUUCCUCUCCAUACUGUCCAAACCUUCUGUUGAUUGUUGGUACCAUCUAAAGGAGGCAGUGUUGGAAGGAGUUUCCCCAUUUGAAAAGGCAAAUGGAAUGAAUAUAUUCGAGUUCGCGAGAAGGAAUGAAACUAGUUUCAAUGAAUCCAUGUACAACCAUACCAUGAAGGUAAUGAGGAAAAUUCUUGACAAAUACAAAGGAUUUGAGGACCUCCAUCAGGUUGUUGAUGUGGGUGGUGGCUUUGGGGCCAAUCUUAGAUUAUUAGUCUCCAAGUAUCCUCAAAUUAAGGGUAUUAACUUUGAUUUGCCUCAUGUUGUUAAAGAUGCACCUCCUUGUCCAGGAGUAGAGCAUGUUAGAGGAGAUAUGUUUGUCAAUAUUCCCAAAGGAGAAGUAAUUUUCAUGAAGUGGAUUCUUCACGAUUGGGAUGAUGAUCAAUGCAUGAAAAUAUUGAAGAACUGUUAUGAUGCGUUGCCAGAAUUUGGAAAAGUGAUUGUGGUGGAAUCUGUAGUUCCAGAAUUUGUACAAACAGAUGUUAUAUCCAGAAAUGUGUUUAAAUUUGACAUGAACAUGUUGGUUGCCAACGAAGGAGGAAAGGAGAGGACAGAGAAAGAGUUUGAGACUUUGGCUAGAGGAGCUGGAUUUUCAGCUAUCAAACUUAUAUGCAGUGUUUAUAGCUACUCCAUUUUUGAAUUCUACAAGAGGCCAUGACCAAUUUACAUAUGUUUACCUGUUUCAUCUGUUGUAUCCUGUAAUUUUCUACAUGGUACUUAUCUUUUUCUCGAUGGGUUAUGUGUAAUUGAUAUAUCUUCAGUA